AUGCUGCCGAGGGACUCCAUCUACUGCGAGGCGGUCUUCUCGCCGCAGGACAUCUACUAUGAGGGGUCCGAGGACGAAGACUACGACGAUGCGGAGGCACGGAGGUUGAGAUAUGAGGCUGCUGGACGACAGUUCCUUGCUGGUAGAGUCCCGAUGCUGCUGUCUGCAACCUUGAAAGGCCCCUUCGACGAGGAAUCCGGCUGGGUGAACCCGUGGCGGUCUAAGAAUCGCACUGCCAAUUCGCAACGUCGACCAGAGUCUCAGCCUGUAGGCUCACAGUAUAGCCUCAGGCGACCUGCGGCUUCUGCGUCUGCUUCUCCGGUUGCCCAGAGGCAAGCGGUCCUGAAAAAUGCCGAGUGUGCUCUUCCUAGUCCGGAAAGUCUCAAGCAGGCACCUUUCACUGAACCACGUUCGCGCUCACGUUGGGGAGAUGAUGAUGAUGCUUCUCUUUCGCCGACCAAGGAUGGCUACGACUCCUGGGCAGCAAGUUCACCAUCACAGAAGCUGAGCAAGAGGAAGUCAAAAUCAUCAAUUGGCGCGGAUAAAACAUCGCCUAAGCGUCGUAGAGUGGCAUCGUCAGAACUCGAAAUCAAAACCCCCACCUCAGCAAGACGGCGGGCUAGAACAACGAGUGCCGGUGAACAACACGCAAAAGCUUGUCUACAAAACACAUCGAUAUAUUCGCAUAUUCGGGAGCUUACUUCGAAAAUUCCAAGGCAGGGCCUAUCCAGCGAAGAUGACGAUACGUUUGACUCCGACGAUGAUGAAUCUCUCAUUACUCGUCCAUCAGCUGAUGCAUCUUUAACAAAUAUGCCGAAUCCAUCCUCUUCCUUGUCGUCUCCAUUUUCCCAGCCCAGCUUGUUGAGGGCCCUAUCUCCCGUUUCCAUGUCCCCAGCGCAAACACCAUCGAAGCAGAGAGUUUCAGCAACUCAAUCGCCCAGCAAAUCACCCAACCGCCCGCGGUCUUCGAGUGGUUUAUCUUGUUUAUCAGAAGCUCCGACAAAUCUAUCUGACUUCUCAGAUCUAGAAAUGCUAGGCGCGGAGAGUCAUGCUGAUGAAGAAGCUCAUAUUGACGACGACGACACCACUGCACCAGAGUCUCACUCACCAGAGGAAGAACGUUCGCCACUUGAGUUCAACGAAUGGGCGAGUGCCAGCACUCAAUCGCUUCCGCGGGCAACUACCCCAACCGGCCCCGACCUUGAUGAGCCUACAUUGCCUUCAGAUGAUGCAAGCACAGCUCAUAAUCCCGAGGAUAGUUUUAUGGAUGGUCUAGAAGCAAACUACAAAGCCCCCGAUGGAUUCAUCACGCGCUUCGGUGCUACAACACCUACACGAAUAGCGCAUCCAAUUAUAUAUGACGAUGCUGACGGAUCCGAUGACUUGUCUCCUGACUCUAGUAUUACAGCUCUAUCAAACGCACAACAGCCCGCUAGUCGGAGUGAAGCAGCCAAUGUUUCCAAAGAGUCGUCCAACAACGGUAGUCCUACAAAGACAAAUAGCCCUCCUAAAUCAUCCGCUCUCCAGUCUUUGAGCCCUCGAAAUGGUAGAAUCAACUCGCGGCCUGCUUCCAACAAGAUUGCUCGACCUUAUCAUUCAUCGCCGCUCAAAUCGCCCACAGCUAUAAACAAAACGAUCUACUUUCAAAAGGAAGAUAGCCAGCAAUCGAAGGAAAAUGUCGAGUCAAAAGAGGCCAAAGAGAAUCCAUUACCACAAGUCAUAAAGACCAAUAUUCCGAUGUCGCAGCCCAGCCUGAGUGCCAUUGCUCCCGAUUUAACUUGCAAACCCGAUCAUUCAAAAGUGGACAAAUCUCAAGAAGAGCCCAUGGCUCGCGACACUGCAGCCCUUUCAACAGCUUCUCUUUCCAGUCAACUACCGAUUGAAAGCGCCUCGCCCACAGAGAUGGAUAACACAGCCCACCCCAAUGUGCUACCUAACUCACUGGAGUUGGCAGAGCCAAGUCUUGCCCAAGAUGAGGUCUCCGCAGAGACGCAACCUUUACCUCUCACAGAGGGGGAUGCAGGUCUAGACAUGUCUGAGGCGCAUACAUCAGAAAAGGCAGCCGAUCCGGAGUUGACAGCCACCUUGGCAGAUGAUCAUGGCCAGACAACUAUACAGGAGCAAGAGAAUCCAACCCUCACACCUACCAAAGCCGGUGAAAGUUUUGCUGUGCCACCACAAAGUGUCAUUACAGAGCAGCCAUCAAGUGAGGAUUUGCCUCUGCCAACUGAACCCGUGUCAGAGAGACCAGCCACACCAGAGCCGCGGUUCGCCUUUACGUCCUUUUCGUCAUUCAUGUCGCCAUCUCCCGUCCUUCGCCGGCAGACACGCUUUUUUACAGAUGGGACCUACAACAGCGUCGCCUCUACAUCACAUGGUAUCCUCGUAUCCAGCAAGAACAGGGCGUGGAGAAGCACAACAGCAAAGAAGCGAGUUUCCUGGGCCCCCUUACCGCAUGAAGAGACAGAUAGCUCUGGCGAAAAUAUUUCGUCAGAGACGGACACGUCAUCAUCCUUGUCACGAGGCAGGGACCGAGCAGUUUCACCACCUCCACCGCCAUCUACAAGCCUCGCUUCUGAUUCGCUCACCGAGAGAGACAUGAAAUUCAGUCACCACUUUGCUGCCGUAGCUGAUCGUUCAAAGGGCACACAACCGCAGAGCGUACCAACCGCAUCAGGCCAUGGAUCCUGCAGCCCCGACCGGCAAGCCCCUGUUACUGCAGUACAAAUCGCCAGCCCGACCAAAGUCAAUGGCCCCUCCAAAUUGAAUCUGCAAAGAGGGAAGAAGGUGACCAGCAGCGGAUGGGAUGACGACAACGACCCCACCGAUAUUGUGCAGGACAUAUUCAACGAGAUGGACGACUUUUUGCAGGUCUGGGAUGUCGACGCUGAGCUUGACGAGGCCCGGAAAGCAGAAAAGCGGGCUACUACCGGUAAGAAGAAGAAGGAUGAAGCCCUCUCCGACAUGGACACGGAUAUGGGUAUGGGUAUGGAUAUGGACAUUGCUGCACAAUUCUUCUGA